UUCCUCAGAAAUUUCAGUGCCGAACUGCCGGUGAACCGAACUUAACAGAAUAAAUGAAUUAAAGUAUUUCGUUCGGCCGAUAAAGGAACAGUAGUUCUCGUUCCAGUGUAUACAGGAUGUUGGUUUAAACAGUGUUUUGGGGAUCAACACUGCGUUACGAAAUGAUCCCAACGACACGCUUGCUAUAGCCAUGUCCUCAAAAGCCGCUGCAGGUAACUAACUAGCUAAUGUUAGCUAGACUAACGCGUUGCGAUAGAUGGACCAUAGCUUGCUAACUCGCUAGCUGGUUUUCAUUUUCUCUUGUCCUCACCAUCGUGUUUUACUUAGACCUAUUCGUUACAUUCCACGUCUCUACAGUAACAUUAGGAUAUGCUGUGUCAAUAGGCUUUUGUGUAGCUAGUUUGCAUAACUAGUUUAACUUUUAAACCCAACUAGCCAACGUUAGCGUCUAGCCCACGACACUUUCAACACGUAACGUUAGCUAGUUAGCCCUCUGCGAUACCCUACCAUCAAAUCAAGCUUUCCCCCAGUUUCGUUUUUUAUUAACUUGAGAAACUAGUUAUCUGGAAUACGAUGGCUUCUUCGUCGGGAAACGAUGACGACCUCACCAUUCCCAGGGCAGCCAUCAACAAAAUGAUCAAAGAAACUCUGCCCAACGUACGGGUUGCCAACGAUGCAAGAGAGCUUGUUGUGAACUGCUGCACAGAGUUCAUACAUCUAAUCUCAUCAGAGGCGAAUGAAAUAUGUAACAAGUCUGAAAAGAAGACCAUAUCACCUGAACAUGUCAUUAAUGCACUUGAAAGCUUGGGUUUUGCGUCGUACAUCACAGAGGUGAAGGAUGUCCUGCAGGAGUGUAAAACAGUAGCACUUAAAAGGAGGAAGGCCAACUCUCGCCUGGAAAACUUGGGCAUCCCAGAGGAAGAGCUCCUCAGACAACAGCAGGAACUAUUUGCUAAGGCACGGCAGCAGCAGGCCGAGCUGGCCCAGCAGGAGUGGCUCCAGAUGCAGCAAGCUGCCCAGCAGGCCCAGUUGGCUGCAGCAUCCGCCAGCGCUGGACAGCAGGCUGGCUCCUCCCAGGAUGAGGAUGAUGAGGAUGACAUGUGAUUAUGAAGAUGAUCCCUGGGUCUGGGCUGCAACAUUUGGAACAGAUAAUAAAAACAAGAAUUUCUUAUUGGAUAACUACAGAUAGUAGGCUACCACCUGUUUCUGGCUGUUUUCAUCCGUUUCGUGCCUGCUGAACACGACCCAGGCCAUAUCCCUUGUCUUAGGACAGUGUCGGCAAGCAGCCCUCUCUUUCUCACUCCGAACACUCUCAUUGGCAGUGAUCUGAGCUGUGUUUGGACAUAAUCCCACCAGUCCAGUAUCAGGAGUUCACAUUAUGGACAGUUUCAAGGUACAUAGAUAUGGGGAAUUUUAUUAUAUAUAUAUGUUUUUAUUGUCACAUACUAGGUAGACAUUUUUUCUUUUUUGACAGAAGUACCUGAAAACACAUUUGAAUAAAGAUACAUUUUCAAGCUUUCCUCCACUUAAAUUAACAACUUUUUUGCCAAUUACAAAUCAAAUGUUACAUCUGGCAUGGAAUUGUAAUUUUCUGUGUGAUUUGUAGGUUAGAGAUCAAUGGAUGUAAGGUGGCAUGGAAAAUGGUGCAAAGGGUAUAUUGGGAGGGGGGGGGGGAUCAUGGUUUUGGCUAUGUUGAGAAAAGAACAGGAGGACAGGUUAGGCGUAUUAUCUCUCCUACAAUAAUUAGUAUUUUUUGUGGGGGCGGUCAGGAGAACAGCUCCGCACUUGUCUUGCCAAAGGUGGGCGUUGCUUAUUCCUCCUACUGGCAUGUCUUUUUUGGUAAAUCAUUUUUACAGAACUUGUUCCUUACCCCCCUCUUUGUAUGUUUGUUUAACAUGACGGAUAUGUCCCAAAUAGCACCACAUCCCAUAUAAACUGGCUCUGAUCAAUAAUUUGGGAUGCACCCAACAUAUUUCAGAAACACUAAGAAUGGUUGUGAAUAUGUUUUGAUUUGUAAAAUAGGAUUCAAAUGCUUUUUGUUUUAUUUUAGCUCGGUCACAGUGCUUUCGGAAAGUAUUCAGACCCCUUGACUUU